AUGGGAUUCGACAACAUCACGGGGCAUUCACGCCUAUGGCUCUUGGCAUCGAAUCCAUAUUUCUUUGGCGUUGUCGCUAUCAUCUUCACGACAAUACACAUUCUCGUCCAUGAUUUUGUUCUUUGGCUCCGUCUCCCACCAGGUCCAACCCCAAUCCCUUUCUUUGGAAACAAGUUCAUUAUCCCAACUUCCUCUCCGUGGAUUCAAUUUGAAAAAUGGUCUCACAAAUACGGCCCUAUCUUUACCUUGUGGAUCGGCCGGCGCCCUACCAUCAUUAUAUCUGACCCAAGUAUCGCCGUGGACUUGCUUGAAAAACGCAGCACGAAGUUCAGCUCUCGGCCGCGCUUCGUAGUCAUGGGUGAGCUCUACUGGGACAACGCCGGGAUCCUAGUCCAACCCUACGGGAAGGAAUGGCAAGUUCGACGGAGAAUGCUGCAUCAGGCACUCAAUCCAUCCGCACUUCGACUAUACAAACCAGUUCAAGAGGCCGAGGCUGCACGAUUAUGUGGCACUCUCUUGGCCAAACCAAGAAACUACGAAAAUCUCAUCGAUCGGUUUACCGCAAGCGUGGUAUUCAGCAUCGCAUACGGCCACAGAAUCGAUUCUAUGACCUCAAAAAUAAUUCGCCAAAGAUUAGAGUUCAUGCAAUAUUCAGCAUCUCUCAAUGUUCCCGGUCGCUAUCUAGCCGAAUCAAUUCCCUUGCUCAAGCAUAUCCCAGACAUCUUCGCGCCAUGGAAAGUAGAGAUCCAACGUCGAGGACGUGAAGAAGCUGCGGUGAACAUGAACCUGAUUAACCAAGUUAAAACCGAACUCAGCACUGCAAAGUCAUCUUCCGACGUCCCGGAUUCGUUGUCAAAGUUACUCCUCCAAGCACGAGAUGCAGAUCCAACCUCCUUCGAAACCCUCAGCGAAAGAGAUUUCUCCUUCGUACCCGCUUCCCUUUUCGGUGCAGGAAGUGACACUACAGCAAGCACACUAUGCACUGCAAUCCUAAUGCUGGUCAUGAACCCACAAGUCCAAGCAAUUGCGCACGCAGAGCUAGACCACGUCAUCGGCUCAACGCAUCUCCCAACUUUCGCCGACGAAGAGAGACUUCCCUAUAUCAAAGCCCUCUGUCAAGAAACACUACGUAUCAGACCCGUCGCCGUGCUUGGCGGAACACCACAUGCAAAUUCCGUGUCAGAUACCUACAAGGACUACUUCAUUCCAAAAGGGACCACAAUUCUCUCCAAUAGUUGGGCUAUAAAUCUCAAUCCGAGGUACUAUCCCAACCCACACCAUUUCAAUCCUCUACGAUUCUUAGGCUGUGAUCCGAGUCAAAUUCCAUAUCUACCGCCAUUGUCUGAUGAAGAUCUUGUUGAGCUUUCGCCAGAGAAGGAUCAUCCUGCGAAAGAGGGCCAUAGUUCUUUUGGGUGGGGCCGGCGAAUUUGCCCCGGGGCAGGAUUGGCGCAGAACUCAUUAUUCAUUGCGUUGGUGCGCCUUUUGUGGGUGCUUCGGUUUGAGCCGGAAAAGGAGCCUGAUGGGUCUGAUCGUGUUUAUGACUCUUUUGCGUAUACGCAGGGGUUUAACAUUCGGCCGAGGGCUUUUGAGUGCGGGAUCUUUGUUCGUGAUGAGGAGAGACGACGGGUCUUGGAGGGGGAAUUGGAGAAGGCUGAUGGGGUAAUGAGUCGUUUUCCGCCGUUUGAGGAGUAG